AUGUCAGAUCGCCUCAAAAAAUUCCCCGACCUCCCGCCGCGGGUGCAGCAGCAAAUCCUCAAUGGUCCAGCAAUGGCUCCUCCACCAGGCGUAGCGCCGAACCUCAACAAUCCAUCAAAUCACAACACUACGGGGAUAGUCUUUGGUGCAAUUUGUGUUGCCGUUGCUUCCAUCGCCUUCAUGCUUCGUCUUCACUGCCAAAUUAGGGUAUUGAGGAAAUGGAGGGUGUGUGACUCUCUCGGUUUACUGGCUUUUUUGGGGUAUAUUGGUGCGGCUGCGAGCUACUUCAUCUGCAUACAUUAUGGUGGGUUUUUGGUACACCAAUGGGAUGUUCGGUUCAAGGAAUUUCAAGUUGUCCUCCAGGCCGCCUUGUCCAUAACGGUAUCUUACGGUGUUCUGACAUUAUUUGCCAAAGUCGCCAUUUUGCUCGAAUGGAAUCGCAUCUUCAAUCCAAAUGGUGUCCGAAACGGUUUCUUCUGGGCUAGUAACAUCGUCCUUGUCGUCAAUAUUCUUCUCUAUACGAGUCUCACUAUUGCUGCACUGUUCUCUUGUUGGCCAGUCCAUUCUCUCUGGGAGCCGUGGGUUGACGGGCACUGCAUCAACAAACGGGCUUUGGAUCUGUGCUCCGCAUAUUUUAACCUCGUUGCUGAUCUCUUCAUUCUUUUGUUACCUCAGAAAGUAAUUUGGACAUUGCAAAUGUCGCGAGAGAGAAAAAUUGGCAUUUCAGCCAUUUUCUCGGUUGGUAUUAUAACUUGCCUCUGUGCUGUUGGUCGUAUAAUUCUUAUUCACCCCCUGAAGUAUGCUGGGGACGGAGAUACAAUAUUUCAGAUCUCAAAAAUAUUCCUUCUGAGUAUAGCAGAGGGAACAUUUGUUAUUCUCAUUUUCUGUAUGCCUGCCAUCCCAAAGGGCUUCACAGAGAGCUUGAUUGGACGCGGCGUCAUGUAUUCGCUACGUUCAAUCACAUCCAUCAACUUUUCCAGAAAGUUUUCGAGAAAGGGUAGCAAUGGAUCCUCUACGCCGUUUGAAAAUUCGAAACGCUAUGAUUCUAAGGUCGGUGAGGGUUUUGACACCGGCUCAGAAGUUCAUUUGGAUGAAUUAGAAAGCCAGAGGUUACCGGAGAGAACACAUGGGCACAAUCGAGGUGUUAUUGUCCGUCGUGUCGACAUUGAAUCACAUCACGAGUUGGCAAAUGCUGGGUCUCAACUCUCGCUUGUCUCCAAACAACAUCCAUGGGAGAUCGCGCGCUGA